AUGUCUAACAAAGAACAACCAGUAGACCAGCUCUUUAAAGAGUUGGAUGAAAACAUUCAACAAUCACAAUAUAAGAAAGCUCUUAGAGUUUUUCUUUUAAUUAACAAAGCAGAUGUAGAAGCAUUCCAAUGUAAAGUGAUCUGUUUGAUGUUCAACUCUAGUUUCCAAGAGGCAUUGGAUUGUUUGAAGAAUGCAGCAUCACCAUCCACUCAAAGCGAACCAAUGUUGUUCGAGAAGGCCUAUUGUCUCUACUCUCUUGCCAAAUACAAUGAGGCAUUAGAGUUGAUCGAUAAGUUGAAACAACAGAAGACACUUAGAGUUCAGGAAUUAGAAGCUCAAAUUUAUUAUAAAUUAGAAAAGUAUCAAAAGACUAUUGCAAUUUAUGAAGCUUUAUUAAAGGAACCAGGUUAUCAGAGUGACUCUGGUGAAUUCUUAACCAAUCUUUGUGCUGCGUAUAUCGAUGCAGGUAAAAUUCAAGAGUGUCAAGACUUGAUCAAUAAGAACAAGUCUUUAAUGUCAAAGACCUAUGAGUUUGCAUUCAAUGCUGCAUGUCUUGCUUUAUACAAAAAAGAUAUCAAGACUGCUGAAACUCAAUUAAAGUUGGCAAAGAAGGUUUGUGUUGAAACAUUAAAGAAGGAUGGAUUCAGUGAAGAGGAGAUUCAAGAGGAAGCAUCGUCUGUCAUUGUUCAGAUCGGUUACUGUCAACAGUUGAGCGGUAAUAUGGAGGAGGCGUUAGAGUCGUACCAGAGCAUCAUCGACUUGUCGAUUGGUGAUAGUGCUUCUUUGAUCGCCUUGAACAACAGUGUUGCAAUUCGUAGCGCCACCAGUGGUACCGAGAAGGAAGACUAUCAAACCAGCUUGGACCAAAUCAAAUCGAUCAUCACCGAGCAAACAGAGAACAAGUUGACCACCGCUCAAAAGUGCACUGUCAAUUUCAAUCACAUCAGUUUGAUGUUACACCUCAAGAAGGUCGGUCAAUGCGAAGAAAUGGUUCGUUCUCUCAAGGCAAAAUACAAAGACUCCACCCAAUUCACUGCCGAGCUCAACGAAGAUCUUGACCUCAUCGUUGCAACCCUACUCACCAAAGACAAGAAAUGGCGUGAAGCAGAAGAGAUUUUAAAGUCGUUGGAAUCAUCGGUACAAUCAAAGCCAGGUAUUGUUGCAACUAUGGUCGCUCUUUACGAAAAGUCUGGUGAUAUGGAGAAGGCUGUAUCCUGUUUGGACACUUUGAUCACCUCGUUAGAGAACAAGAAGAGCAAGACCGAGAAGGAAGAAGACUCCUACAUCAGUUUGUUGAAAUUGAACGGAAACUUCAAUAUGAAGCAUCUCAAAUACAAAGAAGCUGCCUCGUGCUAUGAGAAGAUCCUAAAGAUCAAUGCUAACGAUCUUUUUGCCUUGCCAUCAUUCAUUGUCGCCACUGCCCACUUUGACCCAACCAUCGCCCAGAAAUACGAAGGUAAACUUCCACCACUCAAGUUCAACGACAAGAUUGAUGUUGAUGCAAUUGAUAAACUUGGAUUAUCAUUUGAUAAGAAUGAGAAAGCAGCUGCUACAACUUCAACUACCAAUGUUACUGCUGCUAAAAAGUCGAACGAAAAAGCAAAGGCACCAGUAGUUCCUGUACAACCAAAGAAACCAAAGAGAUUACCAAAGAACUACAAUCCGGAUGUCAAACCAGACCCAGAGAGAUGGCUACCAAAAUGGCAACGUUCAAGCAACCGUGGAAAGAGAGGUCCAAAGGGAAAGAAACAAGAUACUCUUUCCAGAGGUCCACAAGGUGUGGUUUCACAACAACAAGCUUCACAAUUGGCUGCCUCAUCCACAUCUGCUCCCAAGUUUGAGCAACCAGCUCAACAAGCUGCCGCAAAUAAGCCAAGAAAUAUCAACAAAAAGAAGAAAGGAAAGAAAUAA